GGUUCACAAAAAAGAGCGCGAGUGCGAGAAAGAGAGAAGAGAAAAGACUUGCGACGAGACGACACAAGCAGGAACCAAUGGACGAACAUGAAUUGGAGUUUCUAGUAACAGAGCAGCGGAAGGAAUUAAUGGCGUCUAAAAAUUUUGACGCGGAUUUCGAUUUUGCCUUUCGGUUGCAGAUGCAGGAGGCCAUGGCUGCAUCUCUCGCAUCACAACCCUCAUCGUCUUCAAUUCCUGCAUCACCUCCCCUAAUGGAAUCUGAUUUGGCUGCAUCUCUCGCAUCACAACCCUCAUCGUCUUCAAUUCCUGCAUCACCUCCCCUAAUGGAAUCUGAUUUCUCCCUCAACGACGACGAUGGCUAUCGUUUGAGGAACCUUCACGACUUGGAGCUCCAAAGAUUCGAGCAAGAACGAAAGGAUCGCGAGCAGUGCGAGGCUGAAAUGCGCAGACUCUCAGAAGACCUCAAGCGCCGGGUUCACGACCAGAAGUUUGCUCGAGAGAUUCUUAUGAUUCCUGAAGAUGAUUGGGAAAAAUACGGAAACAAUAUCGAGAAGCCAUUUGGAGAGUGCUGCUCUUCUUCGGUGGUCGACGAGCCUUUCAUUCUAUAUUUCAAGGGUUUGGUUAGUGAGGAGACGAUUGGGGGUUCCAAGGUUAAGCUCUCGGGGAUUGGAGUGGCUAUUUGCGAUCCUCGUGACAAUUUAAUUCUUCGGGUACAAAAGCCUUUAACUGGUGAGGGUCUGAAUGUUAUGGUCGCAGAUGUAAAAGCUUUGAAUGAAGGACUCAAUGCCGCUCUAACGUUGGAUAUUAAGAGUAUAGUUUUGUACGUUGAUUACUAUCCACUCUACCAAUAUAUUAUGGGGAGAUGGCGAAUUAAGCAGCGCAAGGUUGCUACAUUAUUCAAUCAGGUGUUUUUGCUACAAAGGAAAUUUCAGGGCUUCCGUCCAGUCUAUGUGGCACGAAAUGAUGUUAAAUUUGCUUUUAAAUUGGCAAGGGAUGCUAUAGAUUCUCAAAUAAGAAGGUCUAUAGAAUCUAGCCGUGGCAAGAAUUUGAAUGAGACUUGCACCAUAUGUUUGGAAGACACUGCUAUUGGCCAAAUGUUUGCUGUUGAUGGUUGCGUGCAUCACUACUGCUUUACAUGUAUGAAGCAGCAUGUGGAAGUCAAGUUGCUUCAUGGAUUGAUACCUGGAUGCCCUCAUGAAGGCUGCAAUUCCAAGCUGAAUGUAGAUAGUUGUAAAAAAUUCUUGACACCUAAAUUGCUUGAGAUAAUGAGUCAACGUAUUUUGGAGGCUUCAAUUCCUGUAAAUGAGAAGAUUUAUUGCCCUUACCCUAGGUGUUCUGCAUUGAUGUCAAAAACUGAGGUUUUAGGUUAUUCUAAUAAUGUAUUUAUUGGUGCUGAUCGAUCUGGAGCCAGGAUGUGUACAAAAUGUCAUGGCCUUUUUUGCAUCAAUUGCAAAGUCCCAUGGCAUAGUAACAUGACAUGCAAUGAAUAUAAAAGGUUAAAUCCUUAUCCCCAUGGAGCAGAUGCGGAGCUGAAAUCUCUUGCUACACAAAAACUCUGGCGCCAAUGUGUUAAGUGCAAUCAUAUGAUUGAGCUGGCUGAAGGUUGCUUCCACAUGACUUGCAGGUGCGGUUAUGAGUUCUGUUAUACUUGUGGAGCUGAAUGGAAAAACAAGAAAGCAACCUGUAGUUGUCCACUCUGGGAUGAGGUUUACAUUAUGUAUGAAGGUAACCGGGAAGACUCUGAUGAAGAUGAAGAUUUCUAUGAUUCUGAUGAGUAUGAAGAUGAACCCCAGUAUCGCUAUUGGAGGUGAAACUGACAAUCAUGGCAGAGAAGUACUUGAGUCAGGAUUUUGUCUUCCUUUUUUUUGGUUCAUCGAAAAAAAAAAAAGAAACAGAGACUGAUGGAUAUUUGGAUUAGGUAUACUUUUAUUUUUGUACACAUCUUUUAUCUUUAAAACAUCUUACAGUUUCGCCAUACACUGAUACAAGUAGACUCUCUUAAGUUCUUGCUAUUACCAUCCAAGUGUGAUCCACACCCACUUGGUCACAUUUUGCAUUCCUUUGA